CAGAAACAAUAUUGUUUCACAAGGUAACAGGUACUUGAUUUUGGUUCAUAAGGCCGAUUUUUGAUUUGUUGCAUCAUUAAUGUCUCUUUCCUGCUAAAAUUCACUAUUUGUAUCACGUGUUUCCCAAAAAAACUAUACAACAAUAAGUUAUACACCCCAUUACAUUAUCAAAUUUCAUACCUCACCUUCCUCUAGGGAUGAAAACAAAAUCCGAACCCACGGGUACCCACCCUACCCAACUCGGUCAACGCGGGUAAAAUCCGUGUUGACGGGUUUUGGGCCGGGUUUGGGUUUAAACCCGUUCAAUAUUCAUCGGGUUGGGUUGGGUUUGGGUUUAGGUAAACCUGACCCAUGGGUACCCGCCCACACCCAUAUAAUUAAUUUUCUCGAUAUAUUUAAUAUUCUAAACAACUUAUCUUAUUUAUGUUUGUGGAGACAUGUCUAAUUUUUCUUUCUAAUUGUGUAGAAUGAAGUUGAUGUUAUCGAGUGGAGAGUAAAGAAACUUAAUUGAAAGGAAGAAGCUUUCAAUUAAUCAUGUUAUUUAUGGAUAAUUUGUUAUUUGCUUGAAUUUUCUAGAAUGGUAUUUUAUAUAUGGAUAAUUUGUAUUGAGAGAUUGAUAUUUGACUUUAAUUUUGAUAGCAACUUGUUAUUGUAAAUUUUUUAAGACAAAAACCUGGGGGUUGAGUUGGGUUUGAGUUUUUCAAACCCAGUGGAGUUUACCCCGAAUUUUUUUCACGGAUAAACCCAUGAAUUUGGAUUUGAAUUUGGCAAAACCCGACCCAACCCGACCCAUUGCCAUCCUACCUUCCUCCGGUCAACUGGCCGGGGCCCACACUAGUAUAUUAUUAGGGUUAGCUCGUCUUUGGAUCCCGAGAGGGUAAGUUAUAGUAGCGUUUGGGAGCAAGUUGCAGUUUGGAAAAUGGGUAUUGGCAUGAGAGGCCAUGUUACCUAAGCCAGAGCCUCCGCACAUUCUCCUGCAUGUUGCAUGGGCCACUUUCCCCAAACAUAUAACUGCCAUCCUCAUCUAGCAACUAUAGAAGAAACACAAAGAGAGAGAGAGUUCCUUUGGAUGGUUUCUAAUCUAGACUCUCUACCUAACUCAACUUUAGUCUAAUCAUGAUAAGAAUACACCAUUUCCAUUUCGUAAGGUGCGGGGUACGGAAAAUACGAGAGGAAAGUUAGAUACAAAUGAGUUUUUAGUUGUAUAGGCCUUGUUCAUAGGUUCUAAGUUAUCUUCACGCUAGAUUAAGUAGUUGAUUAAUUUCAUGAACUAUGCUUAUAUGGGGAAAAAAGUUGUUUGAUAUUCAUUAUCCAUCUAAUUUAUAUAUUAGUUUCGGGUUCGAGUUUUGUAUAAAAAGGUAACCUAUUGAUUAUCCACGAUUACGGUAAGUAUAUGUAAUGGAGAGCAUAAAUUCAAGUCACACAAGGAUGGGGAGGAUAUGGGUUAUUGAUAUCUACUCCACUUUCAUCUCCAAUUACAUUAUUGCAAGUAUGAUCAAAGGAAAAUGAAAGGAAAACAGUGUAGUAACUAGUCGGGAAAUCCAACGAUUUGUUGUUGCUAUGUUGCCUAAUUAGGGACCAUAUCAUACACACAAGCAUUCUGGUAUUCAAUCAAUCUCAAUACCAUUUUAAUUAAUGAAUUUAGGUACAUGUGAAAAUUUUCCCACUGUAACAAAUUCAUGAAUAUGAUCAGAUAGUUAAACCCAAUUCAUAGUCAAAUUGAUGAAUCCAAUGUAAUCAAACUCUACUAGAUGAGAAAUAUAUACUCUAAGCAACUAGAUGAUAAAUUUAUGUUCUAACUACAUAUUCUAUUAGAUAAACUAAGAUAGCCCCAAAAAAAAUUUAAUCUAAGUGAAAUGGCAUCAUUGAUACCCAACUCCCAAGUCCUCAACUUGAGGACCUCAAAGACUCAAUUAAGAAGUUGGAUUAUGUAGUUAACUAGUUUAAGAUAUUUUUUGAAAGGAUCUUUGUACUUGUUUAGGCUUAUCUUUUUCCUAGGGUUCUUAGCUUCGUAGCCCCACCUUAUACCAUCUUCUCUGCCUAAAAAUUCAUUGGAAAUAUGUACUCCACACACCCUUCCCCAUUACAGGACCCGCAUGCCACCGUUGAAAAUAAUUCGAAAAUUGACCCCAAAUUGAUAUAUAUUGCAUGCACAUGGGAUUUGUCAAAAACAUAACAAUACAGGCACAUGGGAUGUAUGAAUUUGAAAUAUUACCAAAUUUCAUCAUCAUCAUCAUCAUGUCAAAACAACAUAUUAAACAUUGAUGAUGAGAUGGAUGAUUGAAUUAACCUCAGCCAUUCAAGGAAUGAAAACAAACCUUAUAUCAAUUCUGUUUUGAGUGAUCAAUGGAUCAUACAUAAGUACAUAUUUAUCUCUAUUCAAUUGUCUGAUAGGAAAUUAUAUAGUUGGUGUACGCUUGUGAUGUGAACACACAAUAAUUACUUGAUUUUUUCCUUUACAUAUGUUGAGGUGUAAAAAUGCAUUUAUCCCUAUAUGAUGGUUUGAUCGAGAUUCGAGAAUCAAACGGUUAUUGUAUACUUGAGAUGUAAACACAUCCAAUCAAGUGGUUUUUCCUCACACGCAGUGGCGGAUCUAAGGGGGCCGUCCCCGGGCCACGACCCAGCCCUCCCCGGAUCCAAAACUCGUAUAGUACUUGUAAACUUCCGAUUUUGGGUAUAUAUUUCAAUAUUUAUAGGAUUACGACCCAACCCUCUCCACCGUUUUUUAAAUGCAGCCCAGUACUCUAACCUGUUUUGGAUCCACCGCUGCUCACAUGUCCAGAAUGCACCAUAUUUACUUAAUUACAAAAGAGAUGGUUAAAAUACACAAACACGUACUUACUUCUAUUCUAUUCCGAUGGUGGAAAAAACUCUCUCUAAAAUAUAAUUACCUAAACAAGUGAUGGGUAGAGACAAUAGAGAGGGAAGAUGCUCAAAAGAGUAUGCUUUUAUUUUUAUUUUUAUUUUUUUCUAUAUUUUGUUGGGUUGAGUUGGCUUCUAUUAAAGGAAAGCUGAAGAUGCAUUGUUCAGGAAUCAGUGGAUACAUUCUCCCAAAUUAGACAAUGCAAAAGAGAGGGAAGAAAACACAAACCCACCAAACAGAAAGGAAUUGAUGAGAGCAUAGGCCAUAGAGAGGUGAGGGGAAGAGAAGCAAAAAAAGCUGACUUUAAAGCUUUAGAAUAGGAAGUUUGCUUCUGAAUGAAACAAUGGAUGCCCACAAAAGGUUAACAUCACAUCUUCAAGCAACCAAACCAAAUGCCCACCCAUGUUUCCUGUUCCCAUUCAUAUAAGGAAAGCAUUCCUAGCAAAUACAGCAAAAGGGAAGGAAGAGGGGUGAAAGAGAGUCUCCUAAUCUCUCUCUCUUGUUCCUGUUUCUGGUAGAGCAGAGGCAACCCCGGAAAAAUGGAGGCAUUCAUGUUGCAGAACAUCUUCAAUGGAGGCAGAGAAGCCCAAAUCCAAGCUGCCUCCGAGAUGGUCAAACUCAGCAGCAAACUGAGGCAGAAGUUAGUGGAAGGUGGAGUCAUUCUCCCUUUGAUCACCAUGCUUCAGUCUCAGGACUAUGAAUCCAUCCAAGCUUCACUCUUUGCAUUGCUCACCCUUGCCUUUGGCAGUGAAAGGAACAAGAGAAGGAUGGUGAAAUCAGGCGUUGUAGAUGUGCUACUCCACCUCCUCCAAUGGCAGGAAGAGUCAUUGACAGAGCUGACAGUAGCAGCUCUGCUCAUCCUCUCCUCAUGCGGGCCAAACAAGCCUCUCAUCGCAUCAUCAGGAGCCAUCCAAAUCCUAGUCGAUUCAAUCCCCAUUCUAACCACCACCCAAUCAAAGCUCGACACUUUGACCACACUCCACAAUCUCUCCACCUGCAACCAAGCAAUCCCACACCUCGUCUCAUCAGAGCUAGUCCCCACAUUGCUCCAACUCCUAACCCAACAUUCUUCCUACCCAAUUCAACCAGAGCUGGCGGACAAGGCAAUGGCGCUGCUGGAAGCCGUCGCGAUCACGUCGGAGAGGGCCGUGGCCCAGGCCGCGGGAGGGAUACGGGUGCUGGUGGAGAUGGUGGAGGAAGGCAGCCCACAGGGGAAAGAACAUGCCGUUGGGGUGCUGGUGCUGAUUUGCCAGAGCUCGAGGGAGAAGUACAGAGGGUUGAUCCUGAUGGAAGGCGCCAUGCCCGGUUUGCUGCAGCUGAGCAUUGAUGGGAGCUGGAGGGCGAGGGGUUUGGCUCAGGAGCUGCUGAUGAUGCUUCGAGGGGAUUGCGAUGGUGGGUCGAGAGGGAAGCAGUGGAAGGAGGAGAUGGUGGAGAGGGUGAUGCAGGAGAUCGAUGCUGCGGAAGGGGAGGAGGAGGAAGUUUUCAUGGGGAGUGGUGGAAGUAGUACGCUCAGAUUGGUGGAAGAGAUGAUUGCGAAGCUGAGUACCUGAUUUUGCUUUAGAUUUUGGGAUUAGGGUUCUUACUUCUUAGGGAAUUGGGGUUCCAGCUUUUGUACAUAAAUAAAAAAAAAACAGAGAUUGAUUCGAUUGGGUCUUUUAGGAGCGGAGAAGAGAUGAUUGCUAAAUGCUAACCAGAGAGCUAGAUAAUGUACUCUUCCCAGGCCCAUGAAAAUAUCAAUAGAUACCUUCAUUUCACUAUACUUUAUCAUAACUGAAUCAACCUCGGCCUCGGCCGAUCGCAUAUACAAUGUUUAAACCACUAAUGAUAUCAUAAUAAAUUUUUCGUAGUUAGUUUGUAGUUUCGAACGAUUAGUCUCAGUAAUCUCUCAAUUUUUUACUGUAUCAAACAAACAAUCAUCUUUUACGAUUAAAAAUUGUAUAUCUAACAUCAAAACAACAAUUUUAUCAUAAGUCAUAACACUUCUUUUUAUCGCAGUUCAUUCAUAAUCUUAAAUUGCUAACCUCACACCGAUUGUAUCGCAAUGGUUAGUUAGUCCACAACAUUGAAUUGAAAUUUUGUCACUAAAAUGGGUUGCAAGCAAGUUAGUUAUAAAUGAUAGAAACGGACCAUUUUACCAAAAGCAAUAUAGAGCACAACAACAACAACACGAACUUGAUAUACAAUAGUCUUCCAUGUACAUCUGACAAUUUUUUAUUUGAGCUGCAGUAUCGUAUCUAAUUUUGUACCGGUAAAAUCAACCGAGUAUAUUUUAUGUUUAAAUGGUAAUUUAAACAUUUCAUACUGUCAAAUACUGUAUAGCAAUUUAGCAUUCCAUAAGACAUUUUUCUAGUCAAACCACUAAUAUGAACCAUAACUGUAGCCUGUAGGAAGAGGAAGCCAUGCACCUUUUUCAACCUGUUGAAACUUGAAAUUACUGUUUUAGGUUUUUUAAUGGAGGAAUUUUACAAUGCUAUAUAGUAUUGGUGCUAUAGGUUUUUCCCUUUAUGGUAUAACUUGAAGUUGUACCUUUAACGUUAUGGUACAACUUCAGAUUGUACCUAUACUCUUUUGUCAAAUUGUUUUAUGGUACAACUUAAACUUGUACUUUCAUUUGAUGGUACAAGUUUAAGUUAUAAAGUUGUACCAUAACA